UCUGCCGAAGACGGCUCUUCGCCUUCGCCAUAUGCCGAGGGCCGUGCCCCGGCCCCGCAGCCCGCGCCCGCGAGCGGGGACGGCGGCCCCGCAGCGCCUCUGGCGCAGCCGCCCGCCGCCCCCCUGGCACAGUCGCUGUUCGGCGAGGCCACCCCGAGUGCCGCCCACCCCCCGCGCACCACCAUGGUCGACGCCAAGCAGCAGUCCAAGACGCGCCCUCCUAACCCUUCUCCGCCGCCUCUGCCAGCGGCGGGCAGCGCCCACUGCGACAGGAAACCGUCGCGCCUGCUCGGUCACACCGAGUCCGAGGCGAUGGAGAAGCCGCGGGCCUUGACAGAGGCGGGGGCGCAGACCAUUCCUCGGCCACUGGUGGAACAGGGGGCGCAGACCUACAUCAGUCGAAUCGCCGACCUGCUCGAGGAGGGAGCGGACACGAGCAAGGUUGUUGGCACCCAGACGGACAGCCCUGACGUGAUGCAGGUCGAGAUCUCGAAGCGGCUCGCGUGGGCGAGGGCGCAGCGGCAGGAGACCUUGCACCAGAUCCUGGGGACCGGGGGCGCCAGCGGCGGGCACGUCGAGUACCCGAGGGAGAGCGCCGAGGCCGACCAGCUGGUGGUGGAGCUCGCGAAGCUUGGCAUGGACAGGCGGGCCCUCAAGUCUCUGGUGGAGCCGAUCGAGGUCGUGGACGUGGCGGUGCAGUCGGGAGUGGAAGUGGCUGGCUCACUCGACCCCAUCUUCAGGUGGUUGAAGCUGAAUCUGCUUCAGCGCCAGAACGCCUGGCUGUACUGCCUCCCCUCGGAGGUGUCCGCCCUCGAGGGCUUCCCGAACAUCCCCGGGGCCCGCCUGGAAAAGCUGCUCGUGGACUUCGAGCGCUUCCUGGAGGAGAUCUUGAGCCGACCACUCCCAGCCAAGUCCGCGGCGCGCAGCGCCCUGAGAGCGCGGUACAGGGCCCGCAGCGACUCGCCCUGCUCGCGCCGAAAUCGCUCUGGCAGCCCGCCGCCUGGCAGGGGGUCGCUGCUUGGCGGCAGGGAGAGCUGGAGGAGGAGCAACGCGGUGGAGCCCUACGAGUACCCAGUGGGGUUCUUGUCGUCGGGCUUCGACGGGGAGCAGGAGGUAGCGAAUAUGGUUCUGGUUCCAGGACCACUUCCGCGCCCUCCAGCCGCACGAGGGCUUCCCCGUCACGAUGGUCGCCGCCACUGCCCCCAAGGCGCACUGGCGGCCGCCGGGCCCCUGCCCGCGCGGACUGGUGGACACGGUCGUCAACACGAUCCUCGCGCCUCUGCUGGACUGGAAGGCGGCGCGGCGCACGGAGCUGCCGCCAGAGGGGGCAGCUGCGGCGCGCCGCGUGCUCAUCCUGGGGGCCUGGGGCUGCGGCGCGUUCGGCAACCACCCCGCGGAGAUGGUCCAGGUGUUCAUGGCCGCCCUGUCCUCCGUGUACUUCUCGGAUCGCUACCGGAUGUUGCUCACGUCGCUCGCCGGCGACACCGACCAGGACGGCCGAAAUCGAUGGCCGACCGAGCCAGUGUUCUACCACGAGAUCCACUUUGCCGUGCCAGCUUUUCGGGAGGCCGACAUGCCGAAUGUAGUUUGUUUCCGUGA